ACAUUAUAUAAAUAAUCAUCUGCCUGCGAGCAACUGCACCCAACCUGCACCCAACCUAUAUCUCUUCUGAUCAUGCCUAUAGGGUGCUGGUAAUAAUGAUCUGCUCACUCUUUUAUCCAUGGAGAAAGUUUACUUCCCCUUUUAUCUGGAUCUGAUAGAAAUUGGGGAAGGGGUUGUUGAAUGUGAGAGGCCUGUGUUGGUUUUUUCUGUCUCAGUUACUAUAUAACUAUAAAGGUGCUCAGAGGGGACACUCUUUGGGGUAUUGGGGUUGGAGUGUGAGUUUCCUGCAGAGUAAAAUCCCCAAUCAGCUCCUGGUACAAAUACACUGCAAGACUUAUGGAAAAUGAAAGACGAUUCUGGCAUUCGGUGUUUCCAGUCCCUCCUUAUCUUCGGCAAUGUGGUCAUUGGGCUCUGUGGUCUGGCCCUGACAGCCGAGUGCAUCUUCUUUGUGUCGGACCAGAGUGGUAUCUACCCGCUGCUGGAGGCCACCGACAACGAUGACAUAUUUGGCGCAGCCUGGAUUGGCAUCUUUGCUGGAUUCUGUCUUUUCGUCUUGUCUAUCCUCGGCAUCAUUGGCAUCAUGAAGUCGAACAGGAGACUGCUAAUGGUGUAUCUCAUCCUGAUGUUCAUUGUGUAUGCCUUCGAAGUGGCCUCCGCCAUCACUGCUGCAACUCAACAAAACUUUUUCAUUCCAGAACUCUUCCUGAAACAGAUGCUAGAAUUUUACCAAAACCCAAACCCAAUCAACAAUGACAACCUUUGGAAAAUUAAUGGAGUCACUCGCACCUGGAACCGCUUUAUGCUUCUGAACGGCUGCUGUGGAGUCAACGGACCACAAGACUGGCAGACCUACAACUCCGUGUUCAGGCAGUUUAACAGUGACUCUGCCUACCCUUGGCCUCAGCAGUGCUGCGUCAUGAACAGCCUCGGGCAACCCGUAAACCUGGAUGCCUGUAAGCUUGGUGUUGCUGGAUAUGUGAAUCUGAAUGGUUGCUACGACCUGAUGGCUGGCCCUAUGACCCGUCAUGCCUGGGGAGUUGCCUGGUUUGGAUUUUCCAUUCUCUGCUGGACAUUCUGGGUUCUCCUUGGGAGCAUGUUCUACUGGACCCGUAUUGAGUAUUAAGGCAGUUCAGACUGACUUUCUUCCUAAACCUUUUAUAAAGGAAGGUCUACACUAUCUUGGCCAGCAUGAAGGACAUGCCUUUUGGGCCUUUGCCAAUCUCAAGCACGAACAACUGUUUUAUGAAAUAUUGGCCCAUGGACAUGUUUGGAAGGAGAAGCCACGUGGGACACGCCUCUGUGUGUAUAAAGUGUCACUGAUUCCUGAUCCAUCCCUACUAGGACAAAACUGGUCAAAUGAGUCUUAGAACAAGGUAUUUGCUUCUGUUGACCAAGCUUGGAUGAUCUUUAACCUUCAUCGUUUUGGAACGCCCUCCUCCCCCUCCAUCCCACUGUAGACACGUGCAUUUUAAUAGGAGUUACACAGUCCUGCCAAUUAUAGAUUUUUUUUUUUUUGUCUGUUUUAUGUUUUUUCUUUUUAAUUAUAUAUUAAAGUUUAUAGUAUAUCUUUUGAACUAUUUGCAUAUGAACAAGUAAUUGCAAUCACAAUUUUUUUUGCCUUAAUCUUUCCUUUUGUCUCACUGAGCUUCGUCAGAUUUCUCCACUAUGGUUUUUAUAAUUUUUUUAUAGGUGCCAUUAUUUUUGUCUAUAGGCUGCAAUUAGUCUGUCACAAACAGAGCGUGGGGGAGGGGGAAGGUAGAAGUCCUGAUGAUGAUAAGUUGAUGACUAGUCUGGAUACCUUGACCUACAAUAAGGAAUUUUUCACCAUCAAGUGAUGUCCAUGUAAUAUGUUCAAUUGACUAAACGUCUAAAGAUAAAACACCUCUUGCCCCAGGUCAAUAUCCCUCUCUUGAACGUUUCCAUAUUAUUCCUCCUCUGAAACUCCUUUGUCCAUAUCCAGGAACAGUAUGAAAUCUUCAAGGUCUCUCCUACGUUCUUUGGAGUAAGAGAUGUGUCCUACAGGAAAGAAGGGAGAUCUUUCUACCUAAGUGUCAGGGCAUACGCUCAGAUUUGGGGAAAUAAAUCACCCGGCGACUAAUCUCCCCGAACUGCCUCCCGCCGGCUAGAAUGUAAAUUGCCGGCUGGUUGGCACUUGUAUCGCUUCGUUUUCCAAUGUCGCCCGAAGUUUCCUCAUCCGAUGACUUCAGAAAACGAAGGGAUCCGAGUGCCAUCUCACCGGCGAUUUACUUUCUAGCCAGCGGAAGGCAGUUCGGGGAGAUUAGUCGCCCCGAAGAAGAGGAGAUUAAUCUCCCCAAAUCUUAACGUGUGCCCUGACCCCAAAAGUCCAGAGUUCUUGUAAACCACUGUGUUGUUUUGUCUGUUUAUUGCUCGGUUUUUCCAUUCAGUGUGUAGAACUGUCUGUAAUAAUUUAUUCAUAAUGAUAAAAGCUUCAUAAUGUGAAAGGUCUUUUUCAAUCCAUGAAAGUAAGGAAAUUCUCUCUUGAGCAAAUGGGUUAUUGGUUCAUUAGAAUAAAUCACGCCACCCAACUAAUACAGAUCUGCUUUAUAAUAAUCAAUAAAUUUACAUAUAUUGA